CGUCUGGGGCCGCGGAGGGCGCUCGGCUCCCGGGGAAGGGGAAACUGCUUUGUGGUCAGCGGAUGAGACAGGGAGGGGCUCCCACGAGGGCUUUGCAGGGAGAGGGGUUAAUUGUCGCUCCCUGGCUGGUCCUGGAAUCCUUGAAGCUCCUGUGCGGGCGGUGGGUGGAGGCCGAGGCCAUGGAGGAAGAGUGCCUCUGCCCGGCGAGUGGGUGAUCGGGGAGCCUGGGACCCUGCAGUUCCCCCAUGCUUCCUGCACAGGGGCCUGGGGUUCAGGUUGGGAGCUCAUCCCGCGUGGUCUGGGGGCUGGGCCCGGAGCAGGAUUGAGUCUGGUUUUGUGGUUUUGUCGUUAGGUUCUAGCUCUGGGACCCGGGGUGAGUGGCCUUCCCUCCCAGGGCGGCACAUUUCCCAUCGGUGGGAAGGGGCUUACCACGACCCCUUCGCUGCUGAGACUUGAACAAGACGAGGUGCCAGAGUUCUUCCAGGGACCGGGUCUCAGCUUCACUAGGGAAGGAUUACAGGGAUAUGGGGGAGGGCAGACGAACUUGACUGCAGCUGUGUACCCAUCCCUGAGCGGCCACCCUGGAGUCCUCCCUCCUCCCGCACGCUUUCCCCUCCUGACUGAUCACUUCAUCUGGACAAAUUGUAGUAUAUAUUACUGCAAGAUAAGGACUAACCCCCCCCCCCCAGGAUUAUUACCACACCUGAAACCUAACCAUGUUCUCUCUGAUUGUAGCUGUCCAUGCAGAGUUCAAAUUUCCAAUCAUUCCAUACACACCAAAUAUGUAUCUAUUUUAGUUUUUUUUAAAAAUGUGGGUCCAAAUAAUGAGAUUGCAUGACAGGAUUGAUAGUCAUCCACUCUCUCCCUGGUGCCGUGUUUUUUUUUUGUUUUUAGAGAUUUUAUUUAUUUGAAAGAGUGAGAGAGCACAAGUUGGGGGGAUGGCAGAGGGAGAGGGAGAAUCAGGCUCCCCGCUGAGCAGGGAGCCUGAUGUGGGACUUGAUCCCAGGACCCUGGGAUCAUGACCUGAGCCCAAAGCAGACACUUGACCGGCUGAGCCCACCAGGUGCCCCAUUUUGGGGGUUUUUGGAAGCCAGAUCCCUUUUCCUACAGUAGAGCCUCCUAUCAUGUGUAACACAUUCCUUACCCCCGUGAACCUCCUAUGAAUCGGGAGGGGUAUCUGGAGGCUUGAUCUCAUGCAGUUUCGUUCGCACGGGAGCAUGCUGGAGACGAGACAUGCUUGCAGGCUUCUACUGGGAGGUUGGCAUUGUCUGCUCGCACCUCUUGUGUGAUGCCUGAGGCCGCCGAUGCUCAGUGGCUUUAACGUCGUAGCAUUUUUAAUUAUACACGCUUCCGUUUUCACCUGGUUACAAGUGGUGCUGAGUUUGGCACUGUGGGCGAACUUCGUCUCCGGACGUUGUUUUUUCUGAUUCUUGUUUUUUUCUUCAUGGUAGUUUUACCUGGUGUCUCUUAAUAACACGGGUAGUUAAUUUUUUUAGAGAAAACUGGAAAAUAGUCAUAAAUAAGAAGAUAGGUAUGAAAAUAAAACCAUUAAAUUCUGCCAACUUAGUGGUAACUCCUAAGAUUUGGGUACAUCCUUCUAGAUUCCUUUUUUUUUUUUUUUUUUUUAAGAUUUUUUAUUUAUUUGAGAGAGAGCACGAGCAGGGGAAGGGGCAGAAGGAGAGGGAGAAGCAGACUCUCUGCUUAGUGUGGAGCCCAUCCUGGGACUCCAUCCCAGGACCCUGGGAUCAUGACCUGAGCCAGAGGCAGAUGCUUAACCGACUGAGCCACUCAGGAGGCCCUAGAUUUUCAUACAUCUGUGAUAGUGUUAAAUGAAAGAGAGCUGGCUCUUCUGCACAUAGAUCUGUGGCUGCCAUUUUCAUGGCGUGGCAUCAUGGGGGUGACCCCCUUCCUUGGCUCUGUGGGGCGGAGCGUGGCCUUCCUCCCUGCCCCUCAACCGUUCACACGGCAGCUGGGUGUGGGGAAGGACAGGCGGCUGCUGGUGCGGCCCAGCUGCCAAGUUUUUCAAAGGAAAUGAGGACUUUUGGUUGGCAGGGCAGUAGCUUUCACAUCUGUUCUUUUAGGAUUCUCUGCUGUUACUCAACACCCUGUGACCCUGGCUGCCCCCUUCCUCCUCCAAAGUCCCGUCUCCUGGGCCUGGCAGAGGCCCGGGCCGUCUGGGUCAUGGGAGCCAGCCCCCUGCCCUCCGGGGCGCCGGCGUACCACCCACAUGAUGCAGGGCUGGUCCUCUCCCCUUGUUCUGGCUUUGGACCUGCGACAGGCGGCGGAUUUCUGCAGAGCUGGGGCCGCUGUGCAGAGGAGCCGAGUUUAAUAGCUAAGAUGCUGUUUACUUAGCACAUGUGUUUAUUUGGAGUGGCUUUGAGGCUCGCCCCAAGCCGCCCCUUAGGACCACCACUGAUCAGGAGUUAGGAGGCCCUCAUUCCAUCCUGUCACUUGUAACCCAUUGCCUGACCUCAGCCAGCCCCUUCUCCUCUGGAAUCCCGUUUUCUGCCUGUGGAGUGAAGGAGGGAGCCAGAGCGUGUCCGUAUGUCCCCAGGCUGGGGAAGCAGGGGAUCCCGGCACACCCCUGAGCCCACAGCCAGGAGGAGAUGGAGGCAGAGGGGCCGGAGCCGUCCUGACCACGACGAGCCUGGAAGAGCUGGGGCCAGCGGACCAGACGCCAGCGCUGAGGCGAGAAUCUGAGCGCAGAGCUGAGGACCCCGCACGUCUGGUCGGCCUGGCCCGGGUGCAGAGGAAGAGAGUGGCGGUGCCGUGAGCAGGCCUGGCCGUGGAGGAGCGGCGUGGGCCCCGCGCUGCCCAUGGGGCUGCAGGCCCCCGGGGCCCCUCCCCAGCCCCGCCUGCCAGGCUCCCCGCGGCCAGAGGCCUAGGCCAGCCGGCUGUCGGCAGACGGAUGCCCCCCGGGCCGCGGGCUCUCCCGAGUGGGCUGCCAGGCCGGGGUGCCGCAGGGGGACAAUGCCGGCCAAGGGGCGCUAUUUCCUCAACGAGGGCGCAGAGGGCCCGGACCAGACGGCGCUCUACGAGAAGUACCGCCUCACCAGCCAGCACGGGCCACUGCUGCUCACGCUCCUGCUGGUGGCCGUCACCGCCUGUGUCGCCCUCAUCAUCAUCACCUUCUCCUGCGGGGACCCCUCCAGACACCAGGCUGUCCUGGGGAUGGCCUUCUUCACGCUUGCCGUGUUUGUGGCUCUCUACGCGCUGGUGUACGUUGAAUGCCUCGUCCGGCGGUGGCUCAGGGCCCUGGCGCUGCUCAUCUGGGUCUGCCUCAUGAUGCUGGGCUACACGCUGGUGUUCGACUCGUGGAUGAAGGCGGCUCCUAUCUGGGCACAGGUGCCCUUCCUUCUGUUCAUCGUCUUCGUGGUAUACACGCUGCUGCCCUUCAGCAUGCAGGGGGCCAUCGUGGCAGGGGUGAUCUCCAGCAUCUCCCACCUCCUGGUGCUUGGAGUCCUGAAGGAGGCCUUCACGAAGCCCAGCAUCCAGGUGGGACUGCAGCUGCUGGCCAAUGCGGUCAUCUUCCUGUGCGGGAACCUCACGGGCGCCUUCCACAAGCACCAGAUGCAGGACGCCUCCCGAGAGCUCUUCACCUACACCGUGAAGUGCAUCCAGAUCCGGCGUAAGCUGCGCAUCGAAAAGCGCCAGCAGGAGAACCUGCUGCUGUCCGUGCUGCCGGCCCACAUCUCCAUGGGCAUGAAGCUCACCAUCAUCGAGCGGCUUAAGGAGCGCGGGGACCGCCGCUACAUGCCCGACAACAACUUUCACAGCCUGUACGUCAAGCGGCACCAGAACGUCAGCAUCCUCUAUGCUGACAUCGUGGGCUUCACGCGGCUGGCCAGCGACUGCUCCCCCAAAGAGCUGGUGGUGGUGCUGAACGAACUCUUCGGCAAGUUUGACCAGAUCGCCAAGGCCAAUGAGUGUAUGCGGAUCAAGAUCCUGGGGGACUGCUACUACUGCGUGUCGGGUCUGCCCGUAUCCCUGCCCACCCAUGCCCGGAACUGCGUGAAGAUGGGGCUGGACAUGUGUGAGGCCAUUAAGCAGGUGCGAGAGGCCACAGGCGUGGAUAUCAGCAUGCGUGUGGGCAUACACUCAGGGAACGUGCUGUGCGGGGUCAUUGGGCUGCGCAAAUGGCAGUACGACGUGUGGUCCCACGAUGUGUCCCUGGCCAACAGGAUGGAGGCGGCUGGAGUCCCUGGCCGGGUGCACAUCACAGAGGCGACGCUGAACCACCUGGACAAGGCGUAUGAGGUGGAGGACGGGCACGGGCAGCAGCGGGACCCCUACCUGAAGGAGAUGAACAUCCGCACCUACCUGGUCAUCGACCCCCGGAGCCGGCAGCCGCCCCCGCCCAGCCAGCACCUCCCGAAGCCCAAGGGGGACGCGGCCCUAAAGAUGCGGGCAUCCGUGCGCAUGACCCGCUACCUCGAGUCCUGGGGGGCCGCGCGGCCCUUUGCUCACCUCAACCACCGUGAGAGCGUGAGCAGCGGCGAGACCCCCGUCCCCAGCGGGCGGAGGCCCAAGACCAUUCCCCUGCGGCGCCACCGGACCCCUGACAGGAGCACGUCCCCCAAGGGGCGGUCGGAGGACGACUCGUACGACGAGGAGAUGCUGUCAGCCAUCGAGGGGCUGAGCUCCACGAGGCCCUGCUGCUCCACGUCCGAUGACUUCUACACCCUGGGGUCCAUCUUCCUGGAGAAGGACUUCGAGCGAGAGUACCGCCUGGCGCCCAUCCCCCGGGCGCGGCACUACUUUGCCUGCGCCAGCCUCGUCUUCGUCUGCAUCCUGCUGGUCCAGGCCCUGCUCAUGCCCAGGAUGGCGGCUCUGGGUGUGUCCUUUGGGCUGGUGGCCUGCGUGCUGGCGCUGGUGUUGGGCCUGUGCUUUGCCCACGAGUUCUUGAGGUGCUGCCCGGCCUGGGGGAUGUUGCAGGCCAUCUCCGAGAGCGUGGAGACCCAGCCCCUGCUGCGCCUGUCCCUGGCCGUCCUGACUAUUGGCAGCCUGCUCAGCAUCGCCAUCGUCAACCUGCCGCUGAUGCCUUUCUCGGCCCCGGGGCUGCCUGCAGGCAACCAGACGAGCCCGAGGCCUGGGAGCAACAUGUGCGGGCUCCUCCCGUAUUACACCUGUAGCUGCAUCCUCGCCUUUGUCGCUUGCUCGGUCUUCCUGCGGAUGAGCCUGGAGCUGAAGGUCGUGCUCUUGACCGUGGCCCUGGUGGCCUACCUGGUGCUCUUCAACAUCUCCCCGUGCUGGCAGUCGGACUGCUGUGGCCACGUUGUGGACAACCUCACCGAGACCAACGGUACCCUCAGCUCCCCGUUCUGUGUGUGGAAGGACGCGAAGGCGAUGACCAAUUUCUACCUGGUUCUGUUCUAUGUCACCCUCCUCAUGCUCUCCAGACAGAUUGACUACUACUGCCGCUUGGACUGUUUGUGGAAGAAGAAGUUCAAGAAGGAACACGAGGAGUUUGAAACCAUGGAGAAUGUGAACCGCCUUCUUCUGGAGAAUGUCUUGCCAGCCCACGUGGCCGCUCACUUCAUUGGUGACAAGUUAAAUGAGCAUUUUACGGAAGAGGACCCAGGCCCCCUGACUGUGACCUUGGCCCGCCCUGCGCGGCUCUCAGCGUCCGCCCCGGGACCCAGGGUAGCGCCGAGUCAGAACCACCCAGAGCCCGCCCCAACCAGUGCACUCAGAUGAGAGUCUCAGGCAUAAGGCAGGCCGAGCGACACUCGCGUUGCGCCCCCGGCCCCUGAAAGUUUUGUGGGACGGCCGAGGGGCCACGUCCCUGUGCUUGCUUGUCCCCUGGCACGGCCGGCUGGCGCAAGGUCGUCUUCUGCCCGCCCCC